AUGACUGCGUUGCUCCAACAGCUGCAGCAUGUACUGGCCACCUGGGACUCCGCCAGCGGUGCGGAGGAGCUGGGCGCGAUGGACCGCGACCGCAAGAGGGGAAGCAGCAAACACAAGCACCUCUUCAUGGCGUCCGUGGAGGCUGCGGUCGCCAACAGUAAUAAGGAACGCACUGUUGGUGAUUGCAUUGGUGGGGUAGGCAGUGAGGGCAACCGUGGGGUGGCGAGAAAGGCGAAGGGGCCGUACCCAUUAUGGCUGACAGAGCUGGAUCGCAAUUCGGACGAGGAGGAUGAUGAUGCUGCUGUGGAGCGGCGGAGUGUGUGCAAUGCACCAGACGCGGAAUUGCACGCGAUGAGUGCUUCGGACAGGUCUCUGAAUCCGUCGGCUUUGCGGCGACGGAUCACAAAGGUGGAGUUGGCGCGGGCGGCACUUGCACUCUUUACCUCCAAUUCCGGGAUCUAUCGGCCCAUUCUGCAGAAAACCCUGGGGUUUCUCUUUGGCCUCAUCGACGAAUUGCUGGAGAAGAAGGUGGAUUUCCCAAGCGGAGGCGGGGUCACGCAGAAUUGCUUGCCGCUGUGGAGUGCCACUGAAAAGGAGGAGGUGGCGACUGCACACGAGCGCAUGCGCAUGAUGGAGGUGCGUAUGGCAAAAUUAGUGGAUGAGGCUGCCAUGCAGCGCGACCACCUCAAGGCGGAGAUCGUGGCCUCCCAGGCGCGGGAGGCUAAGUUGGAGGGUCUGCUUAAGCAUCAAUUUGCCCUGUCCCACGCAAGGGAGAUUGCGGAUGAUCCUUCCAUAAUGCCUGGCGACGAUAAAAAUGAUGCGUGCUAUGUUAAGCAGUUAAUUGCACGCGCUGCAAACGAAAAGGCCGUUGAUGAGUUGCAGGGGGAAGUGGCGGCGCUGCAAAAGGGGCGGGAUGAACUGACUCGCCGACUUCAGGAACUUAUGACCUUGAAUGGGAAGUAUGCCCAGCAGUGUGUGGAGCUGGCUGCCCGCCUCUCGGUGCUCACGGAUCAUAACAUUGCCAACGCGGUGGCGUGUCAAAAGCAUGACAAUGAAAUUUUGGUUCAAACGCAUCGAAACGAGCGGUAUCAGCGGGAACUUCAAAUCACUCGCAAUGUUUUGAUGUCGGUCUUUAUGAACCGUCACCCUUUGCUUCAGAGCUGGUGGGACUCAUUCCGUGAGAAGCGACUUGAGAAGGCAGCGGAGGUGUUUCUCCAUAUUGACAAGGUCAUGAAGGAACAUUCUUCCGCGUUACAGGGCCCAGAAGGAGAUGCGACGAGCCCCCCGACCGCAGCAGAAUCUAAGGAAGACACUGAAUUGGAGAGGAAGCGUGAUUCUGGCACAAACAACAAAGAGUUCUUGGAGCCCAAUGUCGCUGCAAACAGCAAUACGCUGUGCCGCUUUUGGCUUUCAAGGGCAGGCAACAACCCAACGACCCCUGAACACUUACGUUCCUUUUCCAGCGUGGAGUAUGUUUGCGUUAAUCCACUUGUUGCAGAAAACAUUGUGUAUGCCAUUCUCUCUGAAUGGAGGCGGAAGGAGGAGGCAAAACCCUUGGAUGCCUUUACUCGCGACUAUGUGCUGCAGGCAUUUCACCGUAGCGGUCUCGACUCCCAUGCCCCCCAAGGGGCAUCGUUUCAACAUGGUGCCUUGGACAAGGCCAAUAAGCACCUUGCUGUGACCUACGCAAUAGACGCGGUUUCUCGUAGUCCUUGUUGUGGAUCGCUGACGCGUGCCUUUGGAUUAGUGGCAAGAGGGCAUGUAACCGCAAAUCUUUUUCGUAUGCUGGAAUUUGAUGUCGCCAUACUAAUUUCAAUCUGUCGUUUCUUGGAUAUAGAACGGGUUUCAACAGGUGAGCCGCAGGGUCUCAUACCCAUGGUUCAAUUUGCGAGCGUCCUAGUUGCCAUGUAUCCCUCCUAUCCCUUGUCUUGGCUACAGCAGUUGCUUGACGCGGCUCGAAAUGAUGCCGGGAAUCAAACGCAGUCGUUCGAGUUACUAAACUACAAUGUUAUUCUACCAGAACGUUUAUUCCUGUCUUCGGCAUCUUUUACCGUGGAGAACGGCGGCGCCUUAUGGAACACGCUCUUCAAGCACCUCUUGUAUGAAUUUAUCUGCGACGAUGUGGAGGACUCCUGGCAAACAAUAGAAGAUGUUUUUUGCACGUACUCCACUCGCGCAAGCGUUGUGAGCGAACAUCAACUUUUGUACGAGGCGAUAAACCACUUUGCCGCUGAGGAUGUAAAAUACUGGCUCCCCGCGAUUCGGGUGGCGCUUUCAUCUUGGGAUGAUCUACGAGCAGGUAAGGCUUCCCUGGUGCUAGAGCAUGUGCCGUGCGUGCCGGUGAUGGCAGUGGCCAAGUACUUACGCAGUAAGUUACUUAUUCGCCGUGGAACUCGUCCGGCGUCCUCUAAGGAAAAUAAUGCACUUCUUUCUGCACUACAAGAGAAGUGGAACAAAUUUUCUGGGGGCCACGGAGAGUUGGACUUUCGUCGCUACACCUGUCUGGUUGAAUCUCUGGAUGGGAGGCGCCACGCGGUAUGGGGUCCGGCCUCCAUGACGGCAAGUGGUAUUAUCCGCUACGCCGACCCGUCUGUUGACCUAUCGGUGGGGGCGUUACUGGCACGGCUGAAGGAGGGAAACAAGGCGGAAAAGUAG